CGCGCGCCCAGCCCCCGCGAAAAUCGCCGCAACCGAACGCCCGCCUGCGCGAAACGCCCGCACGCCCGUCUGUCCGCCGCAGCGCAUGCUCCGCGCAUCCCGCCGCGAAUCCCUCCGCUGUCGAACCGCCCUCGCCGUUCUCCAGCGGGGCGCUCCAAGAACUCCACGCAUACCAUGUGGGUGCUGCUCCUCAAGACGCACCGCUCGCUGGGUGCCUCGCCUCGCUAGCCUCCGCCGCCGUCGCGCUGGGCGAUGCGGCCAGGCAUACGGUGGCCGGGGAGAGGACCUACGCGCGAGGCCCGCAUGGUAGUCGCCGCCGGCGAGAGCCCCCUGGUGCGCUCUAGGUUCUGGUGCGCCAUGGACCCCUCCCUGUUCGAUGCACAUUCUCCCUCCCCGACGCUCUAUCCCUAGAUCCACUUCUCGCGUCGCUCUCCCGUCGCCCCCGGCAAGCUCGCCUUCUGCAAUUGCCACUCCGCGCUGCUUGCGAUGUCAAGCCAGCCACCAUCCACCCGUACAUCGCCUGACACUAAGGUGCCGAGGACCGGGGAGCUGGCCCUGAGGAGGGCGAUCCCCGCUAACCCGAACAUGAAGGCCAUACAGGAAUCGCUGGAGGAUAUUUCGUACUUGUUGAGGAUACCGCAGAGGAAGCCGUACGGUUCCAUGGAGGGCGAUGUGAAGAAGUCCAUGAAAAUAGCAAUGGACAACAAGGAGGCAAUCCUGGCAAGCAUUCCUGAAGAGCAUAAGGAGGAGGGUGCCAAGCUAUAUACCUCAUUACUCGAAGAGAAGCAUGAUAGCUGA